UCUGCAGCCCGUGGACCAGCAAGAAACCCCGAGCGGCUCCAGUGCUUUCUUCCAGACCCCUUGAGGCACCAUGGCCGAGGGCCCGUUCUUCAGGGCGCAGACGCCCUUGCACCCGGACCACCUGUGGAUCUGGGAAAAGGCCGUGUAUGUGGACGAGAACCGGCGCACCUGGCUGCCCAUAACCAUCGAGAUAGAAAGUGGCCUCCAAGUCCUCUUGCGUCAGGAAGACGUGCCCCUGGGGGAUCCUGUGUGCCCCAGCCAGCUGGGCCCGUACCAGCUGCCCGUCAUGUGGCAGCUCUACCCUGGGAGGAGGUACCGAGCCUCAGACUCCAGUUUCUGGCGCAUAGUGUACCAUAUCAAGAUCGGCGGCACGGAGGACAUGCUCCUGGAGCAGCUGCCGGACCCAGAGGAUGAGUGAUGAGCUCCCAUCUCCUCCCAAGCCCUGAGCCUGCCAGGGGGAUAUUCGUGCUGGCGUUCACCUUCCUGUACCUACCAACCCUGUGUGAUCUGCUCCACCACACCCAGGUCGGACAGACGGACAGAGGAUGAGUUCCCCCGACCGGACCUGCCUGCGGGAGAGGCCGUGUGGGCACAGCUUCGGGGUCCACGUGCCCCGGCUCUGCCUGCCUCUGGUCUUCUCGGCUGCCUGAUGGUCUCAGCCUCUCUCCCUGUUCCGUCCCUCACAGCAAAUAGUGUCACGUCCUGCACACCCUGGACUGCUUCCCACUCCAUCCCCUCAGCUCUGUAUCCUUCUGGCCGCAGGGAAUAGGGCUGGCUUGCCUGCGCUUGGUCUCUGAGCCCCUGAACCAGCUGUCUCGCAUGGUCCCAGCCUGCACACGGCCACGCCCCCAAAAGCCCCGCCCACGCCCCGAAAGCCCCGCCCCCUGCCCGAGCAGCCUGGGUGGGGUGCACAGGACGGCCUGGGAGGGGCUUGGGUCAGUGCUCAGGACUCCGAAGCCUGUGGUUCAGAGGCGCCCAGCCCGGGACAUGGCAGGAGGCCCGGCAGGCCAGCGCGGUGGACCGGCCCUCUGAAUGCCCACCUGUGGAAAGACAGGUUGGAGGUCCCCCUGUUUUACAGAUGCCCUCAGACCCGGAUGUUAUGAAGUUGUAUGUAGCGUAAACACUUUGUAAUGUUGACUGAUUAAAUGUAAGACAGU